UCAGCUUCUUAACUGAGAACAUCUGAUGCACUUGACAAGAGUGGUCUCCUGAAUUUAUAUCUUUUUAAUUUAUUGUAUUAUAAAUUACAAAAUAAUGAAACUCUCAGCUCUAGCCAUCACUUUUUUAGCCUUUGUUCUUAUAUCAAUGACAGAAGGACUUAUACAGCCCCGAUGCUGGUGUACAAAAAUGGCGACAAAGGAAAUCUCUGAUCAUAGAAUUGUGAAGAUGCAGACAUUUCAGCCUGGUCCGCGCUGCAAACAUCUAGAAAUAAUCGCUACAGUGAAAUUCAGGAAAGAACAUACAUUGUGCCUCAACCCCAAAGAUGCAUGGGUUCAGAAGGCCCUGAAAAGAAGGAACCUGGCACAAUAGAUUGCUACUGCAUUGAAGAUGGUUGAAGGAGAAGAAAAUUAGGAAGAGUUGAUGAAGUAAAAUUCUCUUACCACCUCAGUAUUUCUUCACUCAUCAUAUGAGUAAUUAUCUAGGUUCUAACGGAAUAUGUAUAAAAAUUAUACAUAGUCUAUAAUUACUGUAAUAAAAUCAACACUGUCUAGAUUUUUUUAUUAUACAACAAUUUAUGAACAUUUCACUAAUAUUACUAAUAAAAGUCUUUUGAACAUUCAA